AUGUCGAGAACGCGCCGACGAGGAGGCAAGGAUGGCGGCCAUGGCGGACAGGCCUCGACCUUGAGCAGCAUAGUCAAUCUGCUCAACACCAUCGUCGGUGCCGGCACCCUCGCCAUGCCCUCGGUCCUCUCCCACAUGGGAAUUAUGCUCGGCGUCAUCCUGAUACUAUGGUCCGGCGUCACAGCUGCCUUUGGCCUUUACCUCCAGUCCCGAUGCGCUCGGUACCUCGACCGCGGCAGCUCGUCCUUCUUUGCCCUCUCCCAGAUCACCUACCCGCAUGCCUCGGUCAUCUUCGACCUGGCCAUUGCCGUCAAGUGCUUUGGCGUGGGCGUGUCGUACAUGAUCAUCAUCGGCGAUCUCAUGCCGGGCGUCAUGCUCGGCUUCAACCGCGACGUUGCUGACCUUCCCUAUCUGGUCGACCGUCAUUUUUGGAUCACGGCCUUUAUGCUUCUCAUCAUACCUCUGAGCUUUCUGCGGAGGCUGGACUCGCUCAAGUACACCAGCCUUGUCGCCUUGGUUUCCAUUGGGUACCUCAUUGUUCUCGUCAUCUAUCACUUUGCGGUGGACCCCCAUGCGGACCCCCAGGAUAUCCGAGUGCUGCAGUGGGCCGGGCCAGUCGAGACCCUCAGCGCACUGCCCGUGGUUGUAUUUGCCUAUACGUGCCACCAAAAUAUGUUUUCCGUCAUCAACGAAAUCAAGGACAACUCUCCAGCGAACAUGGCCGGAGUAGUUGGCUCGAGCAUUGGCUCCGCAGCCUGCAUCUACGUUCUUGUCGCGAUUACGGGUUACAUUACCUUUGGCAACUCUAUCGUUGGAAACAUUGUCUCCAUGUAUCCCACUGGAGUUGCGUCCACCAUCGGCAAAGCUGCUAUCGUUCUCCUUGUCUUGUUUUCCAUUCCGCUGCAGGUCCAUCCCUGUCGCGCGUCCCUCGAUGCUGUCCUCAAAUGGCGGCCCAACAGGUCCAGCACCAACAGCGGCCGCCCCGGCUCACCCCUAUUGAACCCCUCUGCCAUGCCGCGGAGCGACCACGGCAGCAGCACGCCCAUGUCUGAUACGCGAUUUGCCCUUCUCACAACCGUCAUCCUGACCCUGGCGUACACUACUGCGCUGUCCGUGAGCAGCCUUGACCGCGUUCUCGCAUUUGUCGGAAGUACGGGCUCGACCUCCAUCAGCUUCAUAUUACCCGGGCUCUUCUACUACAAGAUCAGCGACCCGGAGAGCAUCCACCACCAGCGACUGAUGAAAGGCGACGACGACAUUGACGACGAAGCAGCCUCCGACGAAGAGUCGGGUGGGAUCCUUGCACAAAGCACCUCGAGCAUACGCAGCGGGACUGGCGCUGCCGGGCCGCGAACCCAAUGGCGCUGGCGCAGGAGAUGGCGGUGGGACCUGGAACAUGUCGACCACCAGCUAUUGAGGAAGCUCGCGCUCGCGCUCGCGACCUACGGAAUCGUCGUGAUGACAGUAUGUCUGCUUAUGAACAUUUUUUUUGCUGUCGCUCACUAG